AUGGAAGUGAACGUCAGCGACUGGUUUUUGCUCUGUUCUAGGAUGAGCGCCGCCGGUGAAAAUUUCUCCACGUACCCCUCCACCACCAACUGGUUACUUGUAACUGCUGUAACGCUGAGCCUGUACGUCUUCGGAACGUGGAACUAUGAUUUCUUUCGGAAGCGAAAUAUCGCCUCCACACAUCCCAAGCUGCCUUUUUUGGGAGACAUGUUGGCGGAACUUUUAGGUCUCCGCGCGACUCCCGACAGCAUUAAGCAGCGUUACAAAUGGGGAAAAGGCCAUGGUGUGUUUGGCUUCUUCGAAUUCAUGAAGCCCAUCUUCUUAAUUCGCGAUCCGGAGAUUGUGAAGGAGAUCACAGUAAAGCAGUUUGGAAACUUCACAAAUCGGCGACCCAUUCCAUGUGAAAAGUCAGAUCCCCUAUUCCACAAGAAUAUUUUCACGCUUGAAGGUAUCGUCAAAAAAUAUUAUUUAGUUAUGAAUAUAAUAAAUUGUUACCUUAAUCUUUUCUGUUGUCCAGAUGAUACGUGGAGGAACAUGCGUUCUAGAUUGAGCCCUUCUUUCACCCCUAGCAAACUGAAAACAAUGUUUCCAAUCGUUUCGAAAUGUGCCGAGAGGAUGACGGACUAUCUGAAGCAGAAAUACGAUGCUCUUCCCAUUGCAGAUUCUACCGAGCAAUCCAUCACCUGUGACAUAAAGGACUUCUGUACCCGCAUGGCAAACGAUGUGUUUCUAAGCACCAGUAUGGGAGUGCAGUGCGACUCCAUGCAAAAACCUGAGAAUGAAAUAUACCAAAUGGGAAAACUUCUCACGGAUUUCAACACGUGGAGAAGUUUGGUGUUUCAUGGAUACUUGGUAAUACCCAAACUGAUGAAGCUGAUGACUCUGCCCAUACUCGAUAGAAAGGCGACGGAUUUCUUCGGUGGCCUGGUGCGAGAGGUGACAGCGGAGAGACGGGCGAAGGGGACCAUUCGCUCUGACCUGCUGCAAUUCCUGAUGGACGCUCGUCGUAGGAGAAAAUCAGUGCACAGCUGCGAAAGGCGGGACAGCGGAGAUAAUAUAGAACUGACCGAUGAAGAUAUGGUGUCGCAGGUGGUAAUUUUUCUUUUUGCUGGUUUCGAGACACUAUCCACUGCGCUAUCUUUUACUCUAUAUGCUUUGUCUCAUCACCAUGAUGUUCAAACUCGUUUACAGGUCGAAAUAGACCAAGUUAUGACCAAAACUAAUGGAAAAUUUACUUACAAAGCAAUACAGAGGAUGAAGUAUCUUGAUAGUGUUAUUAAAGGGGAGCGGUUGGCGCUGCUGGAGAUGAAGAUGGCGCUGGUGCAUCUGCUGGCGCGGUUCGAGCUGUUGCCCAGCGCGCGCAGCCCGUACCCGGCGCGCUUCCAGGCGUGCUUCAACCUGACGCCCGAGGGCGGCUUCUGAUUUCAAAGUAUAAGACUGGUGUUAAAAAUGCGAGUGUUGGAUGCCAAAGCGACUGAGUUUUUCGACACGCUGGUGCAUUCUACAAUCAAGGAGCGCCAGCAGAAGGGCAUCUUCCGUCCCGACAUGCUGCAGCUGCUCAUGCAGGCGCGCGAAGGGCAGCUGAAGGCGGAGAAAGAAGACGCGUCGGAGGCCGAGGAAGUGGGCACCAGGAAAGCCAAACUUGAAGACAAUGAUGUAUCAGCGCAAGCAAUUAUUUUCUUCUUUGCUGGAUUUGAAACCAUUUCCACGGCACUCUGUGUUGCUUCAUACGCUCUUUCGCAUAACGAAGAGGUGCAAAAGCUCUUGCAAGCGGAAAUAGACGACGCAAUGGACGCAAGCGGAAGAAAACCCACAUACGAGACUAUACAAAAAAUGAAAUACCUGGACGCAGUCAUUAACGGUGCUGAGGAGAAACCGUUUCCCACCGACAUGAAGAAUUUAUUCACCCGAAUGGGCACGGAUGUGAUUGCUACUGUUGCAUUUGGAGUGAGCUGUGACUCUCUGAAGCAGCCUGAGAACGAAUUUUUUCAAAUGGGAAAAGCAUUGACGAUGUUCAAUGUACUAACAACUAUGAAGUUUCUGGGAUUUAUGAUCUUCCCGAAGUUAAUGCAGAUGCUGAAAAUUAGAAUGCUGAAUGGCAAAGCGUGUGACUUCUUCGACUCACUGGUGCACGCUACAAUCAAGGAGCGCCAGCAGAAGGGCAUCUUCCGUCCCGACAUGCUGCAGCUGCUCAUGCAGGCGCGCGAAGGGCAGCUCAAGGCGGAGAAAGAAGACGCAUCGGAAGCGGAGGAAGUGGGCGCCAAGAAGACCAAACUUGAUAACAAUGACAUGUCAGCCCAGGCGAUUAUCUUCUUCUUUGCUGGAUUUGAGCCUGUUUCUACAGCUAUUUGCAUCGUGACGUAUCUUCUGUCACACCAUGAAGAGAUACAGAAGCGUGUGCAAGAAGAAAUAGACGAUGUAAUGGAUGGAAGUGGACGAAAGCCUUCUUACGAAACCGUUCAGAAAAUGAAGUAUAUGGACGCAGUCAUAUAUGGUCAAAGAUUGGCAUUGAUGGAAGUGAAGUUGGCCUUGGUGCAUUUGUUAUACAAUUUCAACCUGCACCCGAAGACAAAAUAUCCCAUGGAAUAUCUGCCCGGCUUGAACUUUAUGGUACGUGGAGGAUUCUGGUGUGAACUAUCACCUCGACAACUGUGAAGUGUUAAAUGUGAAUAAUAAUUAAUGUAAUGAAUGUAAUGUAAUUAAUAAUUAUUCGUGAUAGUUCAAUUAAAUGCCUUUAUAAAACUCACUAAAAACACAAGAAAACUUACAUUGUGAAAAUGUAAAUAAGAGUGUAUUCCCACAUGUGCAAGUUUUAAGCUAUUUGAAUUUGUUUAAAUUGGUCUAAAUCCAGUGCAAGGAAACGUAACAAUACCAUUUUACCAAAUAUUCAAGUUAUCAAAUUAUUUGAUGAACUACUAUAUUUUAUGUGCACCUAUACAUUAUAUUUGAAAAUGGUGAAACCCAAAAUUUAAUUAAAACAUCAAACAAGGGCCAUUUCAAGUUCCUAAAAUAACAUUAAUUCUUAUCUUCUAUAUCGUGGAAGAAUGGAGCAGAAAAUAACGUACAGUUAAUCCGACUCAAUUACUAUGAGUUUUAAUUUAAAUCUUGUUUUAAGAUUGUCAUAUAUUACAGUCAUGCAUUAUAUUACAUUCACAUACGCCUACUUUUAUACAAUUUAUACGAAAAAUUCGUAAUUAAAAUGAUUUUUAAAAAAAUACGAAAAUUAGGGCUCAUUCUCUGCCUGGAAAAAAACAUUUGAGUUAUGCAUUUCACGUCCGUCUUUCCAUAACAGUAGCCUGACUCAUUCCAAUAUUCCUGUUGAACAUUUUAUCACCUUUGUUUACUUUUAAAUAUCACUAAAUCUGAUUCUAGUUGCAUUUUAAAAUAUGAAAAAUAGGCAUUUAUUCUAAUUAUCAUAAAAAUGCACCUACAAUUGGUUUCACGACAAUAAAAAGAACAAUAAACAAGAACACAAAAAAGUCUUUUUCAUUCAGCUUCCCCAUUUGUACUCUAUAUACACGCAUACACACACUUUCCUUAUACACUCAUGGCCAUGUUACUUUAAUGUGCUAGCUUCAAGAAUUUUAAUCUAAUGACAGUUCUUGGUCUUUCUACACGUCAGAAUAAUUAAUGUCUAUUGCUCACUUCCCUUUUCGGUUCACCACCUGCUUGUACGUUGUUAUCCGGACGACCCCCGGUCGUCACUCAGCAUCCUCCAAUACAUCGUCGGACUUGAUGCAUACUAGUUUGUAUCUUUUACUUCAUUUAAAAAUAUUCUUUCGCCGAUUGACAUUUACGUUCCUUCGCAGUUAACGACACACUUAUAUCUGAUUUCUUCGUUUUACCUCUUCUCACAACCAAAGAUAGCAAUUCUCUUAACCUACACGUAUUAGCAUGUUCGAGAACUUCUCUAUAGUGCCUCCAACCCCUACUAAAUUUUGCUAGCAUCUCCCCCGACAGUUCAUACCUCGCGCGGCUCAAUUGUUCUUCCAUGCGCAGUAUUAUUCGAAAACUCAUCUCUUAUUCACGAGCGACACUUCCGCCUUUCUGAUUAGUCAAUCGUCUAUCGAUACCUGCUUUGUUUAUGCUUUGACUAUAUUCCACUACUCUCGUAAGUGUUUUUUAUAUUGAAACUAUCAAAUGGCCAAUCACACUACAAAGCU